AAACCAAAAGAAAAACAGAGAUUUAUUUUUUGAAAAAGACACAAGACUUUCUUACAAACCAAAAAGGGCAUACGAAAAAGAAAAAGAAAAAGAAAUUAAAAGAAAUUAUUGUCUGAAUUCCGAAUCCCAGCUUUCAUUCUCCAUUUCUCAUCUCCAAUUCAACUCUCCCACUCUCGACCGACACAAAAUCAUCUCCGCCGUUUCGUAAAACCCAUCUCAAAUUCCAUCCAAGAUCCCAUUUUUUAUCAAUAUUUGUUCACGAAUCCCUUCCCCAGAUGAAGCAGAAGCCGCAAUUCCAAACCCAUUAAUCCAAUUUUCCCGAGCAAUUUUGCUCAAAGAAAACCUCCCCAAUUCCCGAAUCCGGGCUUCUCCGGCGCAAAAUUUCUCCAGCUCGGGCCGCCCGUAAUCCGCCAUGAUAGGUCGGCUGCUCGGCCCGCGCCGGGCCCGCCAGCUGCAGCGGUUCGUGCGCAACGGUAAGCUCACAAUCCUCUGCCUUUUCCUCACCGUGAUAAUGUUUCGCGGGUAUUUGGGCGCCGGAAGAUUCGGCACGCCGGAGAAGGAUCUCGACGACAUCCGCGAAACCCUCUCCUACAUCCGCAGACGGGCCGAGCCGCGGCGGGUUCUCGAGGAGGCUUUAAUGGCGGCUCAAGGGGAGCUGAAAUCAGCCGAGAAUGCGGCAGCUGGGAGCAACAAUUAUACCGAUUUUGAUAUCAGUAAGAUUUUUAGGGAUGAGGAUGAUGGCGUUGAGGAAUUUCGGCGCGAUCCCUCUCAGCCGUAUAGCCUCGGCCCGAAGAUUUCGAAUUGGGACGAGCAGCGGGCCGAGUGGCUGGAAAGAAACCCUAAAUUCCCCAACUUUUCAGGUCGGAUUAAUAAACCUAGGGUUCUAUUGGUCACGGGUUCGUCGCCGAAGCCGUGUGAGAAUCCGGUGGGGGAUCAUUACCUGCUGAAGUCGAUCAAGAAUAAGAUUGAUUACUGCAGGCUUCAUGGGAUUGAGAUUUUUUACAACAUGGCAUUGUUGGAUGCUGAAAUGUCUGGUUUUUGGGCUAAGCUGCCAUUGAUUAGGAAGCUCUUGCUGUCUCACCCUGAGGUGGAGUUUCUAUGGUGGAUGGACAGCGAUGCCAUGUUUACGGACAUGGCGUUUGAGCUGCCGUGGGAGAGGUACAAGGACGUGAAUCUCGUGAUGCACGGCUGGGACGAGAUGAUCUAUGAUCAGAGGAAUUGGAUUGGGUUGAACACCGGCAGUUUCUUGCUGAGGAACUCCCAGUGGUCUUUGGACAUUCUUGACACGUGGGCGCCCAUGGGGCCGAAGGGGAAGGUCAGGGAGGAGGCCGGGAAGGUCUUGACGAGGGAGCUCAAGGACAGGCCGGUGUUUGAGGCCGAUGAUCAGUCUGCAAUGGUGUACAUCUUGGCCUCGCAGAAGGAGAAGUGGGCUGACAAGGUCUACCUUGAGAGCGCGUAUUAUCUGCACGGUUAUUGGGGGAUUCUGGUGGAUAGGUACGAGGAGAUGAUCGAGAGCUACCACCCCGGUUAUGGUGAUCAUAGGUGGCCUCUCGUGACACAUUUUGUGGGCUGCAAGCCUUGUGGGAAGUUCGGGGAUUACCCCGUUGAGCGCUGCUUGAAGCAGAUGGAUCGAGCGUUCCACUUUGGGGAUAACCAGAUCCUGCAGAUGUAUGGAUUCAUUCAUAACUCUCUCGGCAGUAGGAAGGUGAGGCGGAUAAGGAACGAGACGAGCAAUCCUCUCGCGGUGAGGGACGAGCUCGGGUUGCUUCACCCGGCGUUUAAAGCUGUCAAGGUGUAACCUUUUUAGGUAUAUAUGUGAUCAGAAAUCAGGAAUUGUGAUGAGUUUUUGUUGAUCUUGUUCGAUUUUUAUUCGUAUAGUACAUGUUGAUUUUGUAUUC